UAUUUGUGUUCUGUUGUCAGAAUUCAGACUACUGUGGAACACCGGUUCCGCAGCUAUUAAAGAUGUACGGACUGUAUCUCGAAGCGGUGAAUGACUACAUCAACGAGUCAUAUGGGGAAGAUGUUUGGCGGCUGAUAGAGAACAGAGCUGAGAUUCCUCACCUGAAGUUUGUACGACAUCAGAUGUACAAUGAUAACCUCAUCUUGCGUCUGGCCAAGGCAGCCGGGGAAGUUCUGGGGAAAACGCAUGACGAGCUAAUGUAUGCCUUUGGGGUCUACAUGGUAAAGAGGAUUGGGAACUACGGCUAUGAGAGGAUCCUGAAGGUGUUGGGACGAAACGUCAGAGACUUUAUCAAUGAGCUGGACAACCUUCAUGAGUAUUUUCGGUUCUCCUUCCCAAAAGUUCAGCCCCCAAGUUUCUGCGUGGAGGAAGAGUGUGAGACAAGUCUCACAUUGCAUUAUCGCAGCACCCGCAAAGGUUUCACACAGUUUGUUAAAGGACAACUCUCUCAAGUUGGAAGACAGUUUUACAACACUGACAUUGAAGUGGAAAUAUUGUCAAAGGAAGAAACUGAGAAAAUGACUUAUGUGGUUUACAAGAUGAACUUUGACAAUGCUGCUUUUAAACAUCGCAUGCCACAGCAGAAGACAGCUCCCAGCUAUGAAAAGCUCCCCAUGAAGCGAGGUAUCUUUUUUGACAUGUUUCCUUUCAGCGUCAUCUUCCGUCGUGAUAUGACCAUGUACCGCAUCGGCGACGGCCUGAAAGAGGUCUUCUCUGACCUCCAGGGAAAAAAGGUCAAUGAGGAGUUCACACUCGUGCGACCAAUGCUCGAGUUCAGCUGGGACAAUAUCUACACCCAUCUUAACAAUGUGUUUGAGCUGCUCUCCAAAGCUGUAGUGGAAAGCAAACAGAAGGUCAACAUUCCCAAACUAAGCAAGGAAGAGCCGGAAGAGAAGGAAGAAAAUGAGAAGGCCAAAGUGGAAGAAGAGCGAGAUCAGAAAGGAGGCGAGGAGAUGAAGGGAUCCGAUCAGGAGUACAGUGGGGCUCUGUCACAGUAUAACAGCUCAGCCAACUCAGGAGCAGAAGACAUUGAACUGCUGGCAUUUCAGACUGUCACAGGUAAGUGCAGUGAAACCAUUUUUGAGGACAUGAGGGAACCUCCAAAGAAGCCCCUGCACCUGAAGGGCCAGAUGAAGUAUGUUCCCCAGUGGGACUCGCUCAUCUUCCUUGGAACACCAAUUAUCGAGACAGUGGAGGACAUGAUCAAAAUGGGGGUCUAUGUCAAUGACCUGAAUUUACAUGACUCCAGCAGAGAACUGAUCCUUGCUGGAACACAACAGUCAGCUGAGCUGCAACUGGCCCUUGACCAGGAACAGCAGAAAUAUGCUCAGCUGCAGGAAAUCAUCAAAAAGCUUGAUGAGGAGAAGAAGCGAGGAGAUUCACUUCUCUAUGCCAUGAUUCCUAAAGCCGUGGCUGACAGACUCAGAAAGGGCAUUACGGCGUUGGAGACAUGUCAGGUCUUUCCAGACGUCACCAUCUUGUUCAGCGACGUUGUGAAGUUCAAUGAGAUCUGCAUCCAUAUCACGCCCAUGCAGGUUGUCGACAUGCUGAACGAGAUCUACAUAGUCUUUGACACACUCAGUGAGAAACACAACGUUUACAAGGUGGAGACCAUCCGCGACGCCUACAUGGUGGUGGCAGGGGUCCCGAACAAAACCACCUUCCAUGCUCAUCAUAUCUGUGACAUGGCACUGGACAUGCUUAGCUCCAUUGACCACCUCAAAGAUCCAUCCACCGGUGAUAACAUCCAAAUCCGAGUCGGGAUCCACUCUGGCAUGGUUGUCGCGGGAGUGGUGGGACUGAAGAUGCCACGGUACUGUCUGUUUGGUGACACUGUGAAUACAGCCUCACGGAUGGAGAGCAAUGGAGUGGGCAUGCAGAUCCAUAUCAGUCAGACAACGAAGGAUCACCUAGAACAUGAACCCUAUAUCAUUGAGGAGAGAGGAAAGAUCUUUGUUAAGGGCAAAGGCUACAUGAAGACCUACUGGCUGAAGGGAAAGAAGGAUUUGUCUUUCAAAACACCUGCAGAACUCCGCUACAGCAGUGAGCACAAAGACUCUGAGGACAAAAGCUCGAACGGCUCAACAAGUAAUGGUACCAAUCGCAUGGUGACCAACAUUCACAUCACCAGUAAUGAGGAACACGCAGAACCAAGCCCAAGUGAACUUCAAGUGGACUCCAUGCCAAUAUCAGACAUCACUACUGACCCCCCCUUCAUCACAAAUGAGACACAGGAGAAGGAAAAAACAAAAAAAGCCAAAAACAACAAGGGGAACAAGUUGGAUAUUCCACCUGGGAAUGUGGUGUCAGAGAGUUCACCAAGUGGAGAUGGUCCCGAGAUCCCAGGUCCAAUAAUGAGCAGCAAGAGAAACAGCUUCAGGCAGCAGUAUGCCAAGUUGCCUACAACACUUCCCAUCCGCAGUGCAGCCUGCAACAUCCUGUGAUGCCAGCCCAGCAGUCUGUGGAGAAAUGUUGUGGAAGAAAAUCCAGAUGUAUUGCAUUCAAUGCUGAAAUGUUCCGAUGUCGAAGAUUCUUAAGUUAUUGAUCAAACCAGGUCCAAACAUACCUCUCUUAUGGAAUGUUGCCAUCUUGAUGGAUCUAAAUAUACAGGUAGUUAAUUUAAAGCAGUUCUCUGCAUAAGCAGUUGAGGAUAGCAAAAUAACAACUCUGUUACUUUUCUCUGUCCAAGAAGGUAGUGGUAACUAAUGUCAUCACAGCAUUAGGAAGCAUACAGCUCUACACAAUAGUGAUACUUAGAGCCACCCCACUGUUUUUCACUGGGAAAAAUACUUACAUUUUAUCUUACUCUAAGUUAGUUACUUUCAUAUGUCUUUUGACAACACAAUUGUAUUUUCAUGUUUAAAAAACACGUGUCAAAGAACGUAAGUAGUCUCAUUAGCUCAACAAAAAUCAUAUAAACAUGAAAGUAACCUGUUCCCCUUAAAGUGUGAGAAUAUGUAAAUAAUAUUUAUUUCCGUCUCAUGUCAUUCACUGACAUACAUUUUCCAUUGUCAGUGACAUUGACAUGAGAGAAGAGAAGUGAACAGUUAUUUCUGCCAUAUUGUCAUGUUUCUUUUUUCCCCAUACAUACGUUUUUGUUACUUUAGCACAGAGAUUAAAAACAUGGAAAAGCA